CCCUCUCACACACAGUCAUCAGAGAGUAUGAGAAGGCUGGACUGACUGGACGGACUAUACACAGGACUGGGUUACUGCAGCAGGAGUACACACUUCUACUACCUGAUACCUCUGUCUGCACGCUAAAGCACUUAACAGGAGAGCCGCACCAUGACCAGAAAGGUGUUCACCAACACACGGGAGCGCUGGCGGCAGCACAACGUCAACACUGCCUUCGCUGAGCUCCGCAAGCUCAUCCCCACCCACCCACCAGAGAAGAAGCUGAGCAAGAACGAGAUCCUGCGGCUGGCAAUGCGUUACAUCAACUUCCUGGUGCAGCUGCUGGAGAGCCAGAGUGGCCAGCCUGCUUCACACUCCCCCACAGCCCUGCUCACCUUCCUCAGGGGCAACGUGGAACGUCUCCACUCAUCCUCCCAGACCUGGGGCCUGGCCAGCGACACUGACGCCCUCUCCCCUGGAUCAAGCUGUGACAGCACCGAGGCCUGGUAGUGUGCCUGCUGCAGUUUCCUCUGAUGGGUGAUCAUCUACAACUCCCUGGGUGAAACUGUCACAAGGCCCCCAUUCAUAGACUCCAUUUUGGUUCUGUGACACUUGAGGAGUACAGUGUUGGUUGUGAUGGCAAGCAGAAGAUAUUUGUGGACGAUGCCCUUCCUGCUGAAUUAAAUAGAUUGAGAUGGAUUUAUUUAGCUACACUCUUGAUGUUGACAUUAUGACACGGGAGGAUGGGAGCCUUGUGAAAUGUAAUCUGUAAUCUGCAUGGAUGUAGCUUGGAUGUAUUCCCCCCUUCAUGUCAGACAUGUAUUUUUAUCUUGUCGGUGGGGAAAGAUGUCCACAUCAACAACAAAAAAUGUUUUGAAAUAAAAAAUAAGGAUAUAAAGGAUCAUUUAAGGGAAUUUAUUUGGGAAAGACAUUUCAGGAAAGAUAAAGUCUUGUCCAAUUCACCAAGGACUGCAAUCUAAUUACAAAAUGCAAAGGGCACUUUCUUUUGUUCAAAUGACAAUUUUAUGAUGAGACUGAUUAAUGACCUUGCUUAUUAGCAAAUCAAUAAUUAUUACGCAUUAAUUGACUAUUUAUUGGGACGACAGGAUUGAGCUGCAUGAUAACACAACUGACAAUCCUCUUUGAAAUAUGUUCCAAUUGUAGGACUAUAUUGUGUGAACAGAUAACAGGAAUAGUUUUUGUCUGUCCAUUCAAGUAUUUAUUAAUCUUGCUCUUUUUGUACAAUAAGCAUGUCAUGUAACCAAAGAUUAUUAUUUAACCAUCAUUUGUCAAGGCUAUUGUGAUUAUUUAUUUUUUGUAAACUAUGUUGGUUAAUAUUAAGUUGUGAAUAUGUUAUUUAUUACAACUAUUUAAUAAUGGUUUGUUAAUAAAAAAAAUAUUUGAAUUUAUCAAAAGU